GGCGCUUCCCGGGCGGAAAUGAGGAGCUCACGGGCACAUGUCAAUGAGGCGCCCGGCCUCUCCCGAAGGCGGGACUUCCCGGGAAAGGAAGGAGCGGAGCGGGGAGGAGGAGGAGCAGGUGGAGAAGAGGGGGCCGCCCCCGCCGCCUCCUCCCCCCGGCGAGGCAUUGGAGGGACUGGCCGAAGGGAGCCCCGCUGCUGCCUGGCAGAGUCCCCCCUGCAGGCUUCCCUGCUCGGCUGGCGGGAGGCUCGUCGCUCGGCAGACUCCCUUCCUCGGGGCCAUGCUGCGCUUGCUGCCGUCUCUCCACGCCCUGAGCAAGGCGAGUGCCGCUGGGCCCCGCGCUCCGUGGCCAGGCCCGAGCAGGGCUGGGGCCCUCUCAGCCCACUACCGCGCAGGCGGGGCCAAACCCCCAGCCAUGCAGCUGCCGCCGGGGCCCAGGGCGGCCUCCCCUCUGCCCGGCUCGCGGCAGCCCUCCGAGCCCUGCGCGCUGCGGCGGCGCAGCAGCCACGACACCUUCCUUGCCGUGAGGCAGCUGCUGGAGCGCGCUCGCAGCUGUGGGGAGCUGCUGCGCUGGCUCGUGCAGAAUCCGGACAAGGUGUCGGCCGGCCACUACGCCCUGGCCCUGCAGCGGCUCAGGCGGCUGUUCCCCAGGGGCAGCAGACGUCCGGGGCCCCCCAGGCUCCUCCUGGAGCAGCCCGACUUCCAGGCUCUCACCCGGGCCGUCGCCAGUAGCUGCGCCGACUUUGACCACGCCAGCCUCGUCCGCUGCCUCCGUGCCUCGGCUGCGCUGGGCCUGCCUGGAGGCUGCCCCCUGCUACAGGCCCUGGAGGGGGAGGCCCGGCGGCGGCGGCUGGGGCCGCUCAGCCAGAAGCACCGGUCGGAGGCCCGCCUGCUCAGCCUGGAGAGGGAGCAGCGCCCACAGACGCCCUCCCGGCCCAGGAGCGCCCAGGUCCUCCCCACGUUGUGCCGCCUGCUGGGCCAGCUGAAGGCCGCCGGGGAGCAGGAGCUGGCCCUGCUGGACGAGACGCUUGCCCAGUGUGCCCCGGGGGCCGGCGACCAGGCCCUGGGGGCCCUCUUCAGCACCCCGCUCUUCUACGAGAACCGCCAGGAGCGCUUUGUCCGCAGCAUGGCAGACUGGUUCCCUGGCAAGGCAGACGGUCUGACGCCUCCCACCAUGGCCCUGAUUGCCAAGUAUUUGGCCCGGCACCGCCUGCGGGAGCCUCUGCUGCUGGACACCAUCGCCACCUUCCUGCUCCGGAGGAUGGAGCAUUUGGACAUCAAGCUGAUCCAGAAGCUGGUCUUCCCCUUCAGCCGCAUGAACUACCGGCCGUCCCGCCACGCGGAGCUCUUCCCCCGGCUGGAGCUGGCGCUGGAGCAGAGGGCGGCCGCCUCGCCCCUGGCCACGCUCAACGUCCUGAUGUCCCUCUGCCAGCUCGGCCGCUUCCCGCCCCCCGUCCUGCGCCAGGUCUUCUCUCCCGCCUUCCUCGCCAACGUCCUCGGCAGCCCCUGCAGGCUGAUUGUGCGUCGCUACCUCUCCCUCCUGGACGUGGCCCUUGCCCUGGAAGUGCCUGGCUACGAGGGGCCACGCCUGCCUCCCCAGCACCGCGUGCGGCUGUUGGGCGGCCGGCUCACUGCCGACGAAGCCAACCGCAAGUACAGUUACAGAGGCCUGGUGGCAGAAGCCCUCCGGCAGCUGGUGGGCGAGGGGUGCUUCUGGCAGGACGCGGUGCUGCCCCCAGGAUACUGCGCAGACUUCCUGCUCCGGAUCACCCCUUUGGGCACAGUGCUGCCACUCGGCCGGGGCCCGACCUCGCCCCCAGCAGGAGCCGCCGCCUCUGCCCUCCAGAUGGAGUGCUUCUCACCCUUCCGGCUGGAGGGGCUGGGCUGCCCCACGGCAGGGAGCGCGCUCUCAGCCCCCCGCCAGCAGCCCUCCCCGGCCCGCUCCUCCUCUCCAGCCCGUGAGCGUCAAGCCAGCCUCUUCGCCUCCGCUGCUCCCCGGCAGGAGGAGGGUCGGCGCCUUCCAGUGGCCCAGCCUGGCCCCCCAGCCUGCCCCCCUCUGUCCACCUCCAGCGGAGCCCUGCCGCAGGGGCCAGAAGACGCCUACAGGGUGGUGCUGGCCGUCAACGACAAGUGGCAUUACUGCCAGAACUCGCCGGUCCUGGUGGGCGCUCGGGCCAUGUGCCAGCGCCACCUCUGCCUGCUGGGCUACCACCUGGUGCAGCUGCCCUACAUGGAGCUGGAGAACAUGAGCGGCCUGCAGGAGGCCAAGCACUACCUGGGCCAGAAGCUGAGGGGGCUGGGAGAGGCGGCGGCGGCGGCGGCGGCAGCCCCACAGGAAACGCACGGCUGGAACUAAUGCAUUGCCUGCGCGGGGGGGCGGGGGGGGCGGGAGUCUCCUCCAGAGGACAUGGCCGGGUCGGCCCCCCCUUGCCCCACGGCUGGCCUGCAUCUGGUCUGGGCCUCUUGCCCCCUGCCUCGGGUCUCGGGGCAGGAAGACGGUUGGGGGAGCAGGCAGCAUCAGCUGUGCAAUAAAGAGGGCUGAAAUGUG